AUAUUUUCUGAAUAAAAGCAAUGGAGGUUGUUGAUUAUGAAUAUGAGAUCGGUGUAUGUGGGCAUCGGUGGGCACUGGAAGAGUCAACUGUUCCUAAUCAAGUAGAACAGUGGUUCGCCUUUCAUAUUCCAUACUCAUCUUCUUGUUCUUCUCCGGUAAUCAAGGUACGCCCUUCUUUGCCCGAUCCGUUUUCGUCUGUGAAGUUGUUUGGGGUUCGCAACAGUCAUGCGUACGGAGGGUCCCGUCUGUACACUAUAGGCGGCAUAGAUCCCACCUCCGAUUCCAAAAUAGUCGAUCCCUUAGAUUACAAUAUUUAUAAACUCUGGACCCUAAAGCUUGAUAGCGGCAGCGAUGGUGGUUGGAAGCCUCUUCCUCCCAUGAAUUUUCCUCUUAGACGCUCCUCUUGCUCCAUCGCCCUCGACUCUAAGUUAUAUGUGUUUGAUGGUUUCUCUUCUGAGUUUUCUGAAAAUUGUGGCUGGAUGGAGGUUUAUGACCCCAUCUCAGAUACAUGGGAGUCCUUGCCCAGUCCUCCUCUUCCUCUUCCUGUUCCUCCUUUUUCUGUUCGCAUGUAUGCAGCUCUUGAAUCUAAUCAACAGAUUGUUGUAGCUUUACGUUGUGAUCCCAAAUUGAGCAACUUUUCUACGUUAUUUACUUACAACAUCAGCAAUCGAUGUUGGACAAAACUUGCGCAUCACUUCGUAGUACAUCCUGUGUAUCCUUUCUCAAUUUAUAGAACUCCUGUAGCUGUUGGUAAUACUCUCUAUUGGGGUUCUGUUUACUUCCAUAGAGGCUAUGAUGAUAUCCGUAUACAUGCUCAUGCUUACGAUUUAGAUAGGGAUGAGUGGCUCAUCGGCUCUUUGAACAUUUUUUGCCGUGGCGUCAAGAGCCCAAUUCUUCUGGAGGAUGAACUUCUGGUAGAUAAAGCCCAUACACCACCUUUGCUCCAUUUAGCUGAUCAGAAAUUCUGCAUUUUCCUCCACUCUACCAACCGCAAACACACUUUCCACCACAAUAAGGAAGGCAUUAAGCAUGAUUAUCUCAAUUGUCUCAUACUUGAAAUUUCUCCUCCACCGAUAUUCGAUCAUGACAAGGACAAGGACAAUAGUACGGACCUCGACCAUUUGUGUAUUUCCAUUGUGUCCAUCCAUAAGUUUCCCUUCCAUGACGAACUAUGGUUCCACGAUAGCUUGUUGCUGGAUCAAACAAAAGUUGUCAAAUGAAGCAUUCCUUGAAGGUUAUGCAUCAAGAAACAGAUACCAAGAUUGCUGAGUAGAAGCUUCUUGAGGAAAAAUAAUAGUAAUGGCAAUGGAGAACUAUGGCUGGGAAAGUCCUAUUACUCAGUUAUUUGGUUAUUCCUUUGGCUCAUGGAAUUUUAGAAUUUUUUUAGCUUGUAAUAUUUUGUUGACUUGAUGUAAUGGAUAUUGGAAUGUGAACUUCUAAGUAUAAUGCAUUUCGGAUUUAUUUAUUAUCAA